GUUUUAUGUUAAUUUUAAAUUGUUAAAAACAUAUUUAUCUAUAAUGACAAUACUGAAGACCUUUUUACUAGAAGUAAAGCAAUAAAAGCAAAGAGAUGAAUAUCUGAAUAUUAAAUAGGAUGUUUUGUAAGAUUGUGAUCUAAUCGAUAAAUUGAAGAGAGACUCAGCAAAGUUUAUUGAGAUUUUGGAGUAUGAGAUAAGAAAAACUAUAUCUUUCUCCAAGUUUAGAUACAUAGAUGUAAUUAAGAAAUAUGAUAAAUUAAAAGAAUAAAUAAUAGGCAUGUAAUAAGAAUGGAUUUAGCUUCCAAAAUUGUUUAAUUAACCUACAAUAGCGAUAACAUGGAACAUAAAAUCAAUGACGGAGGCUGAAAAACAUUAAUUAAAGUUAAUUAAAUAAAAUAAGCCCAAGCAUAAAUAAUAUAGAAGAAAAUGUGAGGAAUUGCAAGACAGCAUGUUUAGGUUCUAUGUAGAAGUACAACAAUUAUAAUCAUUCUUAAGUAUUAAUUAUGAAGCAACUAGAAAAAUAAUAAAAAAGUUUAAAAAACAAGAGAUUAGAGGUAUAAUGGAUGUAAAUGAGAAUAUUUUUGAAAAAGUUAUUGAAUUUUAGAAUGAGAUUCGCGAAUUGCCUAAAAGAUUAAAAAUGAUAAAGGACGAAACAGAGUCAGUAAUUAUUUAAAAUUUCUAUAAACAUGAUAAGUAAAUAUUAUUAUAAAUUUAAAGUCCAAAAAAAUGUAGAGAGUUUUUGAGAAGAUAUACAGAAUAAAACCAAUUGUCAAAUGAGAGUAUUUUUUAUUUUGGAUUCUUUGCUGGAUUUGCUGCUCUAAUGAUUAUAAUCCUUUUAUUAAUGAGAUAUGAUGGAUAUUUGGAUCCAAAUUCAGAUAAGGUUUUUAAUAAGGUUUUUCCAUGUUUCAGAGGAGUUGCAUUAUUCAUAUUUUAUUUUUGGAUGAUAUCUCUUGAUGUAGCAGGAUGGAAUUACUUUAAUGUUAAUUAUAAGCUCUAUUUGGGAUUCAAUCAUCAUUAUUCAACAUUGUCAGAGAUAUUAAAAAGAGUGACUAUUUUUAGUACAAUUUAUUUAUUAAUUUUCAUAAUUUAUUGUGUCUAAGAGGAAGAUAUAGGAAAAUUAGCUUAAGAACUAUAGGUGUUUGAUGUGAGACUCUACCCUCUCAUAAUAUGGGUAUGUUUGUUGAUAUAUGUGUUGUACCCAUCCAAAAAGAUCUUUAAUCCGGAAGGAAAGAAAUACAUGUACUAAAUGUUAUAUGGAAUGGUUUGGGGAUUCUUAUUUAAUUAUGAAUCAAGAUAUACAUUUAUGGCAGAUUAAUUUGCAUCCUUCACUACUCCCAUAAGAGAUUUAGACUAUACAAUCUGUUAUUACUAUUAUAUUGUAAAAUUAUAUCUUAAUUUUAGAUAUUCAAAGGUUAUGAACAUGAAGGGUAAUGCGAGCCAAGGACACGAUUUACAAGUGCCCUUCCAGCUACAGUACCUUAUCUGAUUAAAUGUGCUCACUAUCUCGUUAGGGCAAGAGUCAAAGGCAAAUUAUUUGGGACAGACGAAUGGUAUAACUUUUUAAAGACAGCCAAUGCUGCAUAAGUUGGAGUCUGGUCAUUUUUGGCGAGGAGAAAUCCUGAUGUCACUGAAUUCAGAGUUAUUUGGAUAUUUGUAGCUAUAAUUAGUACAUUUUGGCAAUAUUAUUGGGAUUUAGCUAAGGAUUUUUUAUUUUUCGAAAAAGAUUCGAAAUAUAAGUUUCUUAGAAAUGAUUUAGGGUACAAUAGUCCAACAAUCUAUUACAUUUUUGCUGGUGUAAAUCUUGUAUUAAGAUGCACUUGGGUGUUAUCGCUGUCUCCAGAUAUUUGCAAAUUAUUUGGGAUCAAGAAUGAAUUAUUUGUGUUAUUGGUUGGAUUCUUAGAAAUGAGCAGAAGAUUUCUAAAUAAUUUUUUAAAAGUGGAAAAAGAACACAUAGUCAAUCUACGUUCAUUAAAGGUUGUUUAGGAUCUAAAGUAUCCAUUUUAAGUUCAAAAGGAAUUAGUUGAAUUUAAUAAUCGUGACCAUUGGUCUGUUUCCUCAUUUCUUCAGCCUAAUUCAGGAUUUCAAUCUUUAAAGGAUGAAGUAGAGUUUGAAAAUAGACCUAGUGUUGUUUUAUUAUUCAAAGGAUUAACUGAAUAGAUAGAUUAAGCAAGACAACCAGCUCAGUCGAUCAAUGAAUUAAGAAUUUCUUAAUAUACAUAAAAUAUCAAUAGAGCUACGAAUGUUAAGCUUCCUCUUAAAAAAUCCGAAAGCAAAUAAGAGAUGUAUUUUGAACAUCAAUAGAGAGAAUCAAAAUAUUCAAAUGGAACACAAUUCUUAAAGGUUCCACUGAUGAAGAACGUUAGUUAACUUAAUUAUCAAUCUGUUUAAUCUUCUUACAAUGACGACUUAUCAGAUAAUGAAAAUAAAAAUAAUGCUGAUUAAGAGAGAGACACCUUGCAUGAUAUUAGAUUGGCGACUGAAGAAAAUGCCAUAAUUGAAAAAGGAAAGAAGAAAGAGAGUUUGGAGAGAUAAUGGAUUAAAGAAUUAAAAUAGGAAAAUAAAAAAUAUAAAAAAUAAAUUUAUAAAAGAUAUGAGAUAUUUAGAGUGCAAAAAACAACUGAAUGA